CGUUAAUAGCAUAAAAACCGUUUAUUUUUUACACUACUAGCUAGCCUGCCCCUCCCUUUUCGUGUCCUAUAUAUUCACACCCAUAAAGAUAUCUCUUACUAUUUCUUUAUAAGUCAUUUCUUCAAGGUUGCAAGAUCAGCCCUUCUCUUCCCAUGACCUAGUUUUUCUCUUUUAUUAAUAGAGAGAAUAAACAAAAAAAAAGGUUGCAAUAUGGCGAGAAGGGCUCCAGUGUUAGUGUUAGUGCUCAUCGGCAUAGGACUGCUGAUGAAUUGUAUGAUCACAGUUGAUGCAUAUCAUGAAUUUUCAGCUGAGCAUUAUUUUCCAGGCAGCCGUUUCGGCGAAAAUAAAAGAAGGGUGCAAUUUUAUAAGGCCCCGUCGAUUGCUCAAGUUGACGGUACAUUUCGUCCUCCUAGCCCUGUAAUUCUUGAUUCAUCGGCGCCAAGCUCGCCUGCUCCGUCGUCGUAUGUUCACGCGAAAGCUCCACAGCUGAGAACUCAUUCAACAGCCCCAUCACCAUCAAUUAAAAAUGGGGUGGCAAGGAUACGUGAGUAUCACGUGACGGCCUACGGAGCAGACCCGACCGGACAAUCCGACAGCACGGAUGCAAUUCUGAGAGCCAUAGCAGAUGCAGUGCGAGGGCCAGGCAAUGGGGAGAUGAUGAGAGGAAUAGUGAAUCUUGGCGGCGUUAGGAUCGAUCUUGAGGGUGGAAUUUACAAGAUCAGCCGCCCUUUGCGCCUUCCUGUUGCUGGCCGAGGUAACCUAAUGAUUCACGGAGGGACCUUAAGAGCUUCUGAUAACUUCCCAACAGAUGGCUAUCUGAUUGAUCUGUCAGCUUCAUCUGAUCUCGAAUACAUCUAUGAAUUUGUGACACUAAGAGACUUGAUGCUGGACUCCAAUUUCAGGGGAGGCGCAAUUCAAGUUGUGGACUCACUCAGAACCAGCAUUGACAAUUGUUACAUUACACACUUCACUACCACUGGUAUCAGGGUCCAGGCUGGCCACGAGACGUACAUUCGUAACUGCUACAUGGGGCAACACAUCACGGCGGGUGCAGAUCCUGGAGAAAAAGAUUUCUCUGGAACAGCCAUAAUUCUAGGAGGCAAUGACAAUGCUGUCACCGAUACUGUGAUUUUCUCAGCUGCCAUCGGCAUUGUCAUUGAGGGUCAGGCUAAUACGCUCUCUGGAGUACAUUGUUACAAUAAGGCCACGCCUUUUGGCGGUGUGGGGGUUUAUUUAAAAGUCCCUGGCUUGACACAAACAAGGAUUGUGAAUUGUUAUCUUGAUUACACAGGCAUCGUCGCUGAAGAUCCUGUACAGCUCCACAUUUCUAGUAGCUUUUUCCUGGGAGACGCGUUUGUUCUCCUCAGGUCAAUUAAAGGAGUCGCGAAUGGAGUUAAUAUUGUUGAUAACAUGUUUUCGGGGUCAGAUCAGGGGAUUGAAAUAGUCCAAUUGGAUGAAAAAACAAGCAAAUUCAAGGAUGUGAAGCAAGUCAUAGUUGAUAGAAAUAAUGUGAAUGGAAUGAAAAUCAAAUCCACGAUUGCUCGCGCGACUGUGGAGGGCAAUGAUAGCUCCUGGACAGUUGAUUUCAGUCGAGAUUUAUUAUUCCCGAAUUUAAUAAAAUCGGUGCAAUAUUCAUUGCAGGCCACUGGCAGCCAAUUUCCUAAUCAUGCUCUGCGUAGCGUGACAGAUAAUCGUAUCGUUAUCACGACGGACAGGGUGGUUCCUGCCAGUGUUACUGUCACGGUGGAUCAGUGAGUGCCAGGUUUGUGGCGACUAUAGACCAAGUUUGCAUAUGACAUUGGGACCUUUUUGGGAUCCAGCUGCUUGUGCAGAGCUGAUGGAGUUAAAUUUACAUACAAUUUUCUUGAUUUAUUAAGUGUAUAUGAUAUACUAUUGGUGAAAAGAAGUAUAAAAACUAUUAAGAUGAAUCUGAUACCGGAAAUGAAUGGAUAUUUUAAAUUUAUGUGAUUGCUGAGAA